AUGGGGAUUCUUUAUGGUGACGAAAAAAUGUCGUACGUAAAAACGGCAUUUUAUAUAUACAUGCAGAUCGAAAACCACAAGAUUGAUAUAGAGCUUACGGAGAAGGUGAAGCUUUUGGUGAAUCGCCAUUACGAAGACAAUCUGAAAGCCACUUUCUACAAAUCCGAGACAGCACAAAUAUUGGAAAAUAACGGAUAUAUCGGUGACAAAGAUUGGGAAAGCACUUUCUUCAUUUGGCGUCGACUAUAUUCUAACAUCAACGAGCUUACUAGCCUCUCAAAAGAUCUCCGGUAA